AUGGAGCGGUCCGAGCGCGAUCUGAAGGGAAAGUCCAAGAGGAAGAGGAGGAGGAGGUGCAAAGGCAAAGGUACAAGCAGUUUGGAGGUGAAAGAGAACGAAGAUGACAAAAGCCAGGUGGACUGUGACCUACUACGGAAGUAUCAUCCGUCAACCUUUUGCGCAACUUUCCCCAAACGCGGUCCAAGAGCUCUGAAGAGGAAACAGCCACUAGCGGAUGGGAAAGACCGGCUGCUCUACCAAAGCCACUUGACUUGUAAGAGAGCAGCCUGGGCUGUCGCUCACAAGAACGCGCUGGUCCAGCUGAACGAGCUACGACCCGGUCUGCGGUAUGAGCUCAUGUCAAAGACUGGCCCACUGCAUGCUCCAGUGUUUUCUGUGGGCGUGGAGGUCAAUGGUUUCCACUUCGAGGGCAGAGGACCAACAAAAAAGCAGGCCAAGAUGAGGGCGGCAGAACUGGCUCUCCGCUCGUUCAUCCAGUUCCCAAACGCCUCCCAGGCUCACGCCUCCAUGGGGAACUUCACCAGCACUCCAGCGGAUUUUACAGCGGAUAAGCUGGACAUCCCUGACGCAUUCCUUAAAGAGUUUGAGCCAUCGCUGUUUGAAAACUGUGAUCUCCUGCACUGCAACACAGCAAAAAAUGAGGUUUUCUACAGCAUUUACAACCACAGACGACUUGUGCGACUCACACUGGACUUCUUCUCAACCAAUCCAAAAAGACAAGCCCUUAGCAGCUCACUUCUAGGGCGCCUCAGCCCAGUGGCGCUGCUCAACGAGCUGCGACCAGGACUCAGGUACAUGUGCCUGACGGAGAGGGUUCAUGGCAGGCCAAUGAGGAGAUUUGUUAUGGUGGUGAGGGUGGAGGGGAGGGUUUUUGAAGGGUGUGGCCACAGUAAAAGACUGGCCAAGGCUCAGGCAGCAGCCGCCGCCCUGCAGUCCAUUUACAACGUAACUCUGGGACCAGAGAGGAAGGGGAUGGGCCUCCACGGCAGCAGAGCCAAACAUCAGCUACCUCAGUUCUUCGCAGAGUCGAUUUUCCACCUGGUGAAAGAGAAAUACUCAGAGCUGACAGACGGCUGUUUCUCUACCUCCUCACAAGCCCGCCACAAGGUCCUGGCAGGGAUUGUAAUGACCAGAGGGUUUGACCUCAGAUCGGCGCAGGUUGUGUCUCUGGCUACGGGGACUAAGUGUCUGGACUCGGACAACGUGAGUGACCACGGUGGUACCCUCAGCGACUGCCACGCUGAAGUCGUAAGCCGGAGGGCGCUGGUUCGAUUCCUGUAUGCUCAGCUAGAGCUGCUGCUCCGUGAGCCAGCAGACAGUGAGGAACAGUCGAUCUUCGUACCAAAUAAAGGCGGCGGUGGCUUCCGACUGCAGGACGGCGUCCUCUUCCACAUGUACGUCAGCUCAUCGCCGUGCGGAGACGCUCGACUCAACUGUCCCUACGAGACCACAGCUCUCCUUUAUGCAUCAAAAGAGUUAAAAAAAAAACAUAGAUGUCACCUCAGGGUGAAGGUGGACGGAGGCGAGGGGACGCUGCCCAUCACAGCGCCAAUGGCCAAUGUGAACUGGACCGGUGCGGCACCGGGCAAACCUCCCGUCACCAUGUCCUGCACUGACAAGAUGGCAAAGUGGAGCGUUGUGGGCCUCCAGGGGGCCCUCCUGUCUCACCUGGUGGAGCCAGUUUACCUGCACAGCCUGACGGUGGGGACGCUCAACCACACGGGUCACCUGGGCCGGGCCAUGGCACGGCGCCUCGCACCCGUCAAGAACCUGCUCUUCCCGUACCGACGACAGCAACUGCUGCUCGGCUGUCUGAACAGCAGCGAGGUUCGGCCGACAGGGAAGGCGCCGAACGUCAGCAUGAACUGGAGCCGCGGUGACGGAGGCCUGGAGGAAAUCAGCACCUCCACAGGAAGGAGGAAGGACUCAGGGACGCCGUCACAGCUCUGCAAGCGCUCCAUGUUCGCACGCUGGCAGAGGCUGCAGCAGCAGUUUAACGCUGCAGACACCACUCCAGGGACAUAUUCUGCUUCCAAGAUGACUGCCGGACGCUACCAAAGGGCGAUGCAGCAGUUUACCAGCGCUAUGCAGGCUGGGGGGCUGGGGUCAUGGCUCAGAAAACCUCCAGAACUAGGUCACUUCAACGUGUAA